AUGCGAAUUGGGAAAACUCAUCCGAGACCCACUCUCACCGCAUCGAGUUUUGCGCAGUGGACAUCUACAUCUCAGAUAGAGAAGGGCUAUGUAACGGACUCAGAGCCAGACCAAUCGGCAGACUGCCUUCUAUCAAUGAAGGCCCCUGACCGAGUCCUCUACGACAACCCUAUGCCCCUGCAAGAAUUCUCUGCCCUUCGAGAUUUCUCCGGAGAAAACGUAGCAUACCUGACCCGAGUAGCAAAUUGGCGGGCCUCAUGGCCGACGGACCCGAAGGAGGACGAAGUGUGGGACCAGUUCACCCAGGCCCUCGGGAUCUACACAGAUCUGAUCAGCCCUCGUGAUGCCGAAUUCUCAAUCAAUCUCUCGUCACAGGAACUCUGA